UCGGCCUCGCCCCCGGGCGCCGCCAGCGACGCCGAGCCGGGCGACGAGGAGCGGCCGGGGCUGCAGGUGGACUGUGUGGUGUGCGGGGACAAGUCGAGCGGCAAGCAUUACGGCGUCUUCACCUGCGAGGGCUGCAAGAGCUUCUUCAAGCGGAGCAUACGCCGCAACCUCAGCUACACCUGCAGGUCCAACCGUGACUGCCAGAUUGACCAGCACCACCGGAACCAGUGUCAGUACUGUCGCCUCAAAAAGUGCUUCCGGGUCGGCAUGCGCAAAGAGGGUGAGGGCGCGGUGCUGGGCAUCGACAACGUGUGCGAGCUGGCGGCGCGGCUGCUCUUCAGCACCGUGGAGUGGGCGCGCCACGCGCCCUUCUUCCCCGAGCUGCCGGUGGCCGACCAGGUGGCGCUGCUGCGGCUCAGCUGGAGCGAGCUGUUCGUGCUGAACGCGGCGCAGGCCGCCCUGCCCCUGCACACCGCGCCGCUGCUGGCCGCCGCGGGGCUGCACGCCGCGCCCAUGGCCGCCGAGCGGGCGGUGGCCUUCAUGGACCAGGUGCGCGCCUUCCAGGAGCAAGUGGACAAGCUGGGCCGCCUGCAGGUGGACUCGGCCGAGUACGGCUGCCUCAAGGCCAUCGCACUCUUUACUCCUGAUGCCUGUGGUCUCUCAGACCCAGCACACGUGGAGAGCCUGCAGGAGAAGGCGCAGGUGGCCCUGACCGAGUACGUGCGGGCCCAGUACCCAGCCCAGCCCCAGCGCUUCGGCCGCCUGCUGCUGCGCCUGCCCGCCCUGCGCGCCGUCCCAGCCUCACUCAUCUCCCAGCUGUUCUUCAUGCGCCUGGUGGGCAAGACGCCCAUUGAGACGCUGAUCCGUGACAUGCUGCUCUCGGGAAGUACUUUCAACUGGCCUUACGGCUCCGGCCAGUGACCAGCCUCCAGGGACACAGAUGCUCGGGGCCCCUAGGCCAAGGACCUUGGCCCUUUCUCAGACUUUUCUUUUUUAAAGACUGUGAAAUGUUUGACUUUUCUGUUUUUUAAAUGAUCAUGAAACCAAAAAGAGACGGAUGGUCUGCAGAUUCCAGCCAUGUCUUCCGGUGCCCUGGCAAAGAUGUGGGGAGGCGUGGCACGUUCCCAUCCGUACACAACCCGUCCCUUGGAGCCCAGGAUGAAUUUUUGGGACUGCAGGGGUGGGGUGGGCAUGGACACUCACUACAUGAGGAAUGAGCAUGGGGAUACAGUAAUACAGAUGUUUCCUACAUGCCAA